AGCAUUCUUUUAUUCUUGCCCAAAAUGGAGGAUCUUUCGGUUGAAGUUGGUGGAAGCAACGGUGUUUAUUAUAAAGUACGUUGGUUUUCUACUAUGUUUAUCAAUAUUGUAUUGGAUUUAUUAAAAUAAGAACUGUCAUGCAAUAUAAGAUUGCACUAAGAUGGUAAUAGUUUUACUGGAAUUCUAAAACCCGGCAUUUUUUUCUGGCACUCAACAAAAAAGUUUAGAACUUACAUUUUUCUUUCUCUUUUCUGUUAGGCAUAGUUUAGUAAGUUUGUAAUAUUUAACACGAAAAUUGGUAUAUUUAUAAAAUGCAAUGUUAUAUAGUUUAACAAUAACUCGUGUGCAAAUUUGUUUAAAUCAGUUAUUUAGAGUCCUGCCUAGGCCUAGUAAUAUUUGGCUUUGGACAUCUUUUUUGGCUUGAGAAUCAACACUUAUCACCUAUUAUGAAACUGAAUCUGAGUAUUGACUAGUCAGCCUUUGCUAGUCAGUACAUCAGUACUUGAAAGUUUUGUAUCUGUAGGCCUAUUUAAGACUGCUGAGGCCUCAACUUAAUCCUGACACUGACAGGUAGAAAAUGACUUGAACUAAUACGAAAAGUUUAAGCUUUGAAUUAGUCGACAAUUCAGUAUUAUUGCCCAGGAACAAUAUCAAUAACAAAAUUUGGUAUCGAUUUUGUCAAAACGGCGACCUCCCAUUUUAACUGGCUACAACGAUUGGUAGCAAACUACCUGUAGCUUCUAGUUUUAGGUGACUAUUGGUAGUUUUAGUGUCAAAAACUACUAAUUACUAAUUGGUAAUAGUAAUAGUAAUACUAGUAAUAGAUUGAUUUAUUGCAGUAUUGACUAAGUUCAAUAAGUAGGGUAAUGGAGGGCAUUAAGCACCAUGUUUUCAAGAACUUGUUGUUUUUCUCUUUGAAAUAAAUGAAUAUUAUUAAAUUCAAACUGAAAAUGUUUUUAAAUAACAGACCACACAUCUUUCUUAAAAGCUUUAAUGAGCAAAAUUUAAAGCCAUAUAGUGAAAAAAAGAUUAAAAAUUUAAAACUAAUUAUGACUUAAAUUUAACAAAAUGGGGGCAAAAUUAGCUCCAGCAUGUUUAAUGCAUAAUUUUCACAAAUUGGGCAAUUUUGACGGAUCCAUUCCAUGGCUUCAAUAUCAGAUUUUUCUGGGAUUUCAUUAUCAAAACUAUAUUUAAAAAUUUUUUAAACCUAUUUUUACUAAUUAAUAACUUUUGUUUUCAAUUUAAACUUUAUCUGUCAUAAUCUGUUUAAUGCUAUUUGAAGUAAAACAUGGAUUUUAUUAAUCUGAUCAAUAUUAUUUGGUUGUUUUAAUCAUCUUUUAACAGUUGAUGGUGUUAAGCCCCUGCUAUUUAAAAUAUUCAUUUUUAUAAACUAAUUAAAUAAAUAAAUAAUCUACAGAACCAUAUCUCUUUUACAAAUGCUUCCUAUUCAAAAUAUUAGAAGGAACUUUAGUAUUAAAGUGAAUUUUAGAGCAUUUUAUAAACAAUCUUUAAAUCAUUCAUCCAACUACCAUUUUACUUUGCAAAAAUGACCAGCUUCAUUUGCUCUACAAAUAUCAGUAUUUUAACUCAUUCAUUACAUACACAUACAGUUGAAAACUUUAAAAAAGUACUUGCUGAGUUUAGUUGUACUUGUUUUUGUAUGUAAACUAAAAAACUUUCACUGUAGAAAUAAAAUAAUGCCUUUCUCUCUUUCUGCAAUAAUAUCAAGCAAUUUAUUUUAUGAACUGAGCAAUUAAGGCUUAAUACCCCAUGGAGCCAAUUACCUCCCUUUACCCUAAGUGUUGACACUGUUGAUAGUCACUAUUUUUUAAAAUUACAUCACUGAAAUCACUCUUUCGUGAAAUUCUGUCAAUGGGAAGCGUUAUACGCAGUCGGCUGCGUAUAACCCUGAGAGUUAUACGCAGUCGACUGCGCAUAACCCUGAGGGUUAUUCACAGCCGACUGCGUAUAACUCUCAGGGUUAUACGCAGUCGGCUGGGAAUUUAGCCAAAUAAGGUUUAUUAUCGCUUGUUUGGCAAUUUAAAAAAAAGUAUUAUGCGUAAUGAGCUGCAAGAUGGGUUGUUUCGAACUGUAACUUUUUAUGUGUUUAACGUAAAAUUUUAAUUGAAUUAAUUUUAAUUAAUUUUGAAAUUGAUGAUAGCAAUAGUAUUAGUAUUAGUGCUAUUAUUAGUAUUAUUGCUUGUAUCUUGUAUAUUAUAAUUCUAAGUAUAAGUCAAAUUCUACAUUUCUUAGAGUCUAAGCCUAAGUCUUAGAUUUUUUUAAACGCAUUUCCAUGGUCUAAGUCUAGUUAUGUAUUUUGAUUGAUUAGGUUUUUAUAUGUUGCUAUACUAUGUCUAUGUGGUUGGUUUUACUGACUAAUUCAGGAAAUACAUUCUAUUUAUCUUUUUUUAAAUUUUAUCAUUUAUGAUUUUUUUUUUGAUGACCUAAAUGUAACAGUUUUCAGCUUCUAUGCAAAACUAUAACUGUGUGAAAGUAUUACUUACACUGCCCCCUCUACAGAACCCCUGCCCCUACAGCGAUUUUUUUCCUGCUACUCUCAACCCAUGAUUAUUUUUAUUACUGUACCAGUGAAACAUGAUUUUAUCUGCCACAAAAUUAGUUAACAAAACAAAAUAUAAGUUAACAACACAAAAAUAUAUUUGAUAAUUAUAAGUAUAACAGUAUUAACAUUACAUUGGUCAAGUUAAUAAUUCUUCUCAUGUUUUAACAUUUUUUAGCCAAAAAAAAAAAGUAAAACAAUAAGCCUAGUUGUUGCUUCUUUCUCGAGAAAAAGCAUAGCAACUAACGCGUAUUCAUGGCUUGCUAUUCAUGGCUUGCCGUUGGCUGGAAUUGAACUCAAGACCACCAACUUGAUGUUUGGUCAGUUUAGACCAUUCGACCACACAGUCACCAGAAAUCAAGGUACCCUUAUUGAUUGAUAGUGUAACACAGGAAGAAUAUAGACGUCACGUGACUUGCCGACUGCGUAUAACUCUCAGGGUUAUACGCAGUCGGCUGCGCAUAACCACUUCGUUCUGUCAAUUCCUACUUUUUGCGUCACCAAUACUGUACAAUACAAUGUGUUGGCAAAAAAAAAAAAAUGUGUGCCGACAUGUUUUAAACGGCUGUCUGGUUGUGGUGCACUUCAAAAUUUAUUUUUUGUGUCUAUAAUGUGUAAAUAAUACUCAGUAGGGCUAUCUCUCACCAGAAAAUCAUUAUGGGGGGGGGGGGGGGNGGGGGGGGGGGGGGGGGGCCAAGAAGACUAUGUAAUUAUACCGUUUCAUUUAACUUAAAUAACACAAUUUUUUUUCAAUAUGCACACUCUGUAUGCAGUAAAAUGAUUAUUAUGGUAAUUAUAAAAAUGUUAUUUAGACCUAUAUUUUAAUUAACAAUUUUAAUCAUAAUAAAUAGCACACACAAAAUUUUUACAAUAAAAAUUUCUCAGCCUAAGCUGGAGUUUAUUUUUCAGAUAUGCACAUAUUACUUUCGCAAAAAAGAAGCAGGGUAUAAUUUUUUUAGACUAUGAUCCCCCCCACCCCACCCGUAUCGUACAUCACACCUAUCCAUAUUAGAUCUAUGUUAUAAAUUAAAAUUUUUUUUAUGAAGUUUUUUUGAUGAAUUUGAUGGCAUUUCCAAAGUUUUGAAAUGAUCGAAAGAGCAAUUUUGAGCUAAAAAUCUUUCAGGAUUCAUUAUCGAGCUCAGGUGUUGUCACUAGUAACUAGUAAAAAUUGUAAUGAAUGAACAGGUCAAUAUUUCGCCAGCAUGAUUGAAAACAGGUUUUAAAGUUCCGAAAAAUAAAAAGUUACUAUUUUGGCUAUGUGUCAUGGCUACCAUUUUUGUUGAUGUAUUGUUUUUAAUUUUGGGAUUGGUUGCCAAGCACAUGGGAUGGAUAACAACUAACCUUUGACUUAGAUAUAACUAUUAAAAGUAUUAUGAUAUUUAUUUUAAAAUAAUAGCCUAAUUUAAGUGACCAAUAUAAUAAUAUUAAGUUAAAUUACAAUAAGAAUCAAGUUACCUUUGAUAUUGAAGUCAUAUAAUACAAAAUUAAUUUAAGCAAUUGGACUAGCUUUACGAAUUAUUAAUAAUAAGGCUAACACAUUCAUUUCCAAAGGCAAAGAAAAUUACUAAUACUAAUACAACACAUUAUCCCAAAGAGUCACACAAAUAUUUUUCAUUAUUUUCCACUUGUGAAUUAUAAUUAGUCACACAUCUUUCAAAUGAUUAUUAACAGCUUUAGUCUGAAAUUAUAUCCCUCUGUUGUAGCCUACUCAUUCAGUCUAAGUUGAAUUUUAUGGUUCAAAUGUCUACAAACAAUAUCAAUACUUGGCUUGAAAUCAAUGAACCAAAAAUAUGGAUUAAUGUAUGCGGCAUGUAGUUUUAAAUGUUCAUAUGGCACUCUUACUCCUUGAUCUCACCGGUGUGAGAGUCACUGAUUAUGUCAUUUUUUCCCCCUCUUUUAAAUACAAAUAAUUGCUUCAUUUUUUAAUUCAUAAGUUGCAACACCAUAACAAAUUUGAGCUAUGUACUUUUAAUAUUUAAUAAAUUAUGAUUACUCCACCUCAAAAAUGCACAGUUUAUUGAAUUUACAUAGGAAAAAAUAAGAUUUUAUGUAUAAAAUAAUUAUUUAAAUAAGAAAAGGCUAUUCUGAAGCAUAUUUUCUAUUUUCAAUCAUAUAUUCAUAUAUCACCCAUAUAUAUAUAUUUAUACAUGUAUAUAGUUAUUAACAAAUCCUGUAAAUACGAAAUUUUUAUAUUGAGAAAUAUGCCAGAUAAAUGAGUGAAAGUGAUGAGCUGAAAAGGGUGUCACAAAAUUUGGAGGAAAACUCAAUGGAUAAAAAAGUGUAUGACGUCAGCACUAAAAAAAAAACGAUAACUUUUAAACCACUUGAGCUAGAAAGUUGAGCUUGGUGUUUUGUAAACUAUUCAAUUGACUGUAUUCAAUUGUAUUGCAUUAAUAUUUUUUUUAGAAAUAUUUAGAAAAUUUCACAUAACUACCUACUUUUCUGUAGCCUCAGGACUAUUACAUAUUAUCUGUGAUGUCUCAGAAAUGAAAUGAGUUCAUAAGAGACUGCACUGAGGCGGUGGCAGUUAACUCAUCAUGUUACCCCACUGCAGACUUCCCCAUGGGCCUCCUAUGAGUCUGCCAGCAUUGGUGGCACCCUGACCCUGCUUCUCUAUUUAACUUUGAUAAUUGGUGUUUGAAACUGACUAGAAAAGCUCUUUCAAAUUUAUUAUAUUUUUGUUUGGUCUCACCCUUUUGAAUGGUUGACCCCCGACCCCCCCCCCCCCCCCCCCCCCCCCCCACCCCCUUUUGAAAUUGUUCCCCCCCCCCCCCCCCCCCCCCCCCCGACUGCAUUAUGAUCUGUGAAUUAAGCCAAACUUUUAGAUCUUGGACUUAAAAUUUAGCUUAGACUGGCUCAACUACAGUUUAUGUCUUUGUGAGAAAAUAUCAUUUGAGUGCAUUUAAUUAUGUUUAGAUUUGUGGAAAAUCUAAAUAGCAAAUUGAAUUAAAUAUAUAUGCAUAAAAUUCAUGGUAUAGGCGUGGGCCUAAAAUAUAUAAAACAUGAAUAUGCUUUUGUGAAUGUUCUUAUCAGUUAUGUUUCAUAAGUUAUAAAGGGGAGAACAUAAAGCAGUGAUACCACACUUUUUUAAAAUAGAACACUCCUUGAUAGAGUAAAACACCCUCUCCUCUUUAUACAGUGAUCUAAAUGGUUAUUCGGGAAAGACUACGACACAUACAAAACAAUUAUAAUAAGACUUUAAUAUUUAUUAUGAAAGGCUAACCUCAUUCCAUGGAUCCAUCCUCACUGAAUUCUUUAUGAGACAAGUUAUAAAAAUAUGGACCAAAUGUAGUUUAGCUUCCCUGACUUAACUGUCUUUUCAAAUGAUGUUCCAUAAAAUGGAGUAUGAAGAAGUUCCUGUUUGACAUUAUGCUGUGAAGGGAAUGGAAGCAGGGGUGGGUGCUGCUGGAGGUGAUCAUUGGUACACUUAAGUAUUUCUACUGUAAAAGGAGCUGGACUUUUAUUUGUGUUAUAGACUUAUGUAAACUAAUUCACUCUAACAUAGGAACCUCGGGGAAUUCACUUGAAAUUACCUUUCCCAUGCAUUUAAUUUUUGCCCACACUGGAAAACAUUUUGAUACUUUAAGGCAGGGUCUCCCAACCCUCAUGAAUUGUGGAUCCCUUUUUAAGGGAUACUAUUUUCUAUUGUUGAUGACUGAAGAUUAUCUCACUGGCUCACCCUGCCUCUAACAAUAAGUUGAAUUUUUUACAGCCUUUUCCUGUUUAACAUUUCCAUGUUGAAAAGUUUUCUUUGAUAAUUUUAAUAUUAUUACAAUAUUAAAAUUCAAUUUUCAACUAAACUCUGAUAAUCUAUAACAGGGGUCUCCAAACUACGGCCCGCCAUGUAGCUUUGUGAAGACCUUUUAGUCUACGAAAAAAAAAAAAAAAUAAUAAUAAAGAUUAUUUAAAAGUCACGCUUCAUCCCCAAAGGCUCGAAGCGCGGUACAUACCACAUUGAAUUACAAAGCUCAACAUUACAAAACUACAUACAAGAAUACCCAUUCUAAGUCUUUCAUACAUUGCAACCAUAAACAACACAGGCCAAUAUACAUCUAAAAGAUAAUAGCUAGAUAGACAACAUCACCCCAGCAGGUGUUUGGGAAAAAGAUAAGUCUUCAAAUCAGUUUUGAAAGACUCCAGUGUCUGGCUGUUUCUGAUAGCGAUAGAGUGUUCCAAAUUGUUGGGCCAGCAAAUUCGAAAGUGCGCUCCUCGUAAGUCUCAUGGCGAACACGUGGUAUCAAGAGUUUUUCGCCAUCAGAUGAGCGGAGUUGUCUAGUGGGUACAUAAGGCGACAAAUCAGCCGCCGCUUACGUGGACGCUACGUUUUUACUUAAUUAAAAUAAAGGCGCGCAGUAGUACGUUGUGUUUUCCAACCGCUCACUACAUUGCAAAACCUUAUUUACUGCUUAGUUUUUCUACUUCCGUUCACAAUCAAUGAGAUGAUAUAAUGCCAUCUAAUGGCGGAGAUUUGCCCCUCUGUGAAAACAUUGUGACUCAAAUAGUGAAAAAUGCAAGCAAGUUUCGCCAAGUUUUAAUUGCAAUGGAUGAAUCGCUGGACAGCUGUUCCACCUCUCAACUGCUUGUGUUGAUUAGAGGUGUGGAUGAAGACAUGAACAUAACACAAGAGCUGGCUUCCCUACAUUGCAUGAUAUAUUAAAUGAGUUAAAAAAACAAUUUGCCGAUUAUAACAUGGACUGGACUAACCUCAGUUGCCUGACUGUUGACAGAGGAAAAAGCAUGAGUAGCAUGAAGAAAGGCUUGGUUGGACAAGUGAAGCAGAUGUGUAAUGAGAAAAACAUUCUAUAACCAAUGUUCCUGUAUUGUAUUAUUCACCAGCAAGCUUUUUGUGCCAAAUAUAUGGACAUUAGCAGUGUACUGAAUCCUUUGGUAAAGAGGGUUAUUUUAAUAAGGCCAGAUUGGCUCAACCAUAGACAGCUCAGAGACCCAUUGAAAGAUACAGACACAAAAUCGCAAGAUUUACCAUAUUACACAGCAGUAAGAUGGCGAAGUUGUGAGAAACUUCUGAGCAGAGUAUUUAAGUUAACAAAAGAAAUACGUAACUUCCUGGAAAGUAAAGGCAAGCCACAGCCAUUACUGUCUGAUGAAGAGUGUGUAUGGAAAUUUGCCUUUGCUGCAGACAUAACUAUAUAUAUAGGCAUUUAAAUUUUCUGAAACUAAAACUACGAGGUGAGGAAAAUCUAGUUUCUGAUCUAUACACCCACCUAGAGGCCUUCAGAUCCAAAUUUGUCUUGUUUUUGUAAAAAGUACAGGCCAACAACUUGACGCACUUUUAGCAGUGCAAGGGCUUCAAGGCUGAAGCAACUGCGUAGUUCUCCACGUCAUUUGCAUGCAGGAUCGUCAAAGACCCCCAGCUGCAGUUUCAGCAGCGGUUUUUUGACUUGGAUUCAAAGGCAGAAGAAGUGAGACUGUUUGAAGACUAUGUGGCCAUUUGCCCAGAUGAACUGCAGCUGGAGGUCUUUGAGUUACAAGCAAAUAACAUCCUUAGGGAGAAGUUCAAAGAAGGACUGGUGGGUUUUUAACCAGUUUUUGCCCAAGGAAGACUUUCCUAAUUUAAAAAAAAAUUGCUUCAAUGUACCUGUUAAUCUUUGGAACAACAUACAUCUGUGAACAAACAUUUUCAUGAAUGAAAUAUGUGAAGAACAAUUUGAGAACAAAUUUGUCCAAUGAUUAUCUCAGGUCACUGUUGAUGUUAGGGACAUCAAAACUAAAUCCAGAAAUGUCUGCUAAUCACUGCUAUUUUUACAUCAAGGAAACAAUUUCACCAUUCGCACUACUACAAGUGUUCAUGCGUCGUGUAUCAAUAUGCUAUUAAAUAAUAACUGAUUAAAUUAAUAUUACAUAAAUAAUUUAAAACAACAUUCAUGUUUUGAUUCUUUUUUAUUUGGACCUCGAGGUGUAGUUGGCCCCCGAACUGCUGUUUGAUAGUUAAUGCGGCUCUGGGGCUGAAAUGUUUGGAGACCCCUGAUCUAUAAUAUUUAUCAUUUAAACUUUGGAUAUUUUUAAGUUAUUACCCUGUUAACAAUAAUUUAAAACUAUAGGUAAAUAAAUUGUAAAUAUACACACAUUAGUUUUCUUGAAGCUGUGUUGUGAAAAAUAUAUUAAGAUUUCUUUUUACUGUAUUUGCAGGCAUACCUAAAAAGUUUUUACGAAGAUGAAGUUUUGGUUUCAUUUGAGAAUAAGUAAGUGAAUAGUAUUUAACAGAAAUUUUUGUUUAAAAAAAAACCCAUCUAAACAAUCUACAUCAGAUUUUUAAUGUCAACAUAUUUAUUGUAUGCCUAUAUUGUGUUAGCUGCAGGGUUUAAAUAAUUUGCAGAUUAUUGUCAUAAAUUUUGUGUUUCGCCCCUUUUAAUCAGCUGGCAAGCAGACAAGAGAGUCAAACUCACAAAUGUGCGACUGCCGCCAAAGUCUGGAGCCACAAAGCCUGAAUUCAGAGAAGAUGAGAGAGUUGAGGUAUCAUAUCAAUCAGUCUGGGCAUUAAUAAGACUAUUAAGAAAUGAAAUAUUGUUUUUAACCAAAAUCAUUGAUAAAAUUAGCAACUGAAUAGUUUAAAGCAGUAGAUUUUGUUUUUAAAAAAUAAGUAAGCAUUGUAUAUUUUGUAUGCAUUUUAUUAUUUAUUUUACACACUUUUCAUCAUCAAUAACAACAAAUAAAUAUAUUGCAUAUAAUUUAUAGGUAUUUGGAAAAGUGAAGGAUGAGGAAGGAUUAGCAUGGUACCCUGCUAAAAUCAAGAUGCUGAAAGGAGAAUUUGCUGUGGUUGCUUCUCCCUGGGAUGCAAAUGAUAUUUUGCCCCUGGAUAAAAUCAGAUCAGUUAACCACAAGUAAGAAAUAAAAAAACAGAAUGCUAACAAGUAAAAUUUCUGUCUAUUUUCUUAGCUUUCCUGUAAGUGGUUAGUAAAAAUGUAGUUUUCUCUUGUCUUUAUUUAUUUUAUUUUUAAUAUAAUUUAUUUAAGUGUUCAAAAUCUUUUUUCUUUUUUUUUUCCAGCCCCCCUAUCACAAAAGAGUCGUUCUUUCAGUUUGUACUAGAAGUGCCUCCUGACUUGAGAGAAGGGUAAGUAGUAGGGCAGUUUUUCAUUUUUUUAAUUUUUUUUUUUUUUUUUUUUUUUUUUUUUUUUUUUUUUUUUAUUUUUUUUUCAAAAAUUUUUCCCUUUCUUUUUUUGAUUUUUAUUUUUUUUUUUUUUUUUUUUUUUUUUUUUUUUUUUUAUUUUUUUUUUUUUUUUGUGUUUUUUUUUUUUUUUUUUUUUUUUUUUUUUUUUUUUUUUUUUUUUUUUUUUGCAGUUAAAUUCUUUGACACAAAUUUAGCACUUCAUCUAGUAGAGUAUAAUUUUGCUUCUACUCUACAUUAUUGUUUGCUAAUUACAUUAUUUUUUUUUCUUUCAAAAGUAAUUUACAUUUAUACUAUUCUUGUUAAAUCUCAGAACUUCUAAAAAAUAAGAAGUACUUCUCAAUACUCCACUUAUCUCAACAGUUGUCAGGAGGAGUUGGCCAUUCAAGAAUUCCGCAAGCACAUUGGUGGUGCCAUGGUCUCCUAUAAUCCUGAAGACAAAUCACUACAUGUACUCGUAAGUACUAGAUUACAUUACGUUUUUAUAGCAUUCUUCUUAAACAUUAAUGUCUAAUUUUAAUAUGUUUGAUUUCUCCCUGCAAUCUUUACGAGUUAUUUAAAUCGUUGUUAGACUUGGUUUGUUUAAUUAAUUCAUUGAUUGAAAAGACCUUACUUUUUGUUUCUGUUAUCUGAUUUUUAUAACAUAUUCAUUGUUGUGUUUAUUUUAAAAUGUAAUUUUUGUGACUUCAAUUACAGAGCACUAGUCCCAGUGUCAUUAAGAGAGCUUCCAUGAUUGGAGACAUGUUUUUAAGAAACAUGAGGCAAAAAGUCUUAUUGAAGCAACGCACAGAGGAAGCUGCGAAAAAACUUCAGGUGUGUAAUCUAUCUUAUAAAUAUAAUCUGUCAGUGUUAAACUUAGUCCAAAGUUAGGGCAUACUCUUAUUAAAAUGUUUUACAUUUAAUCUUUAGUCUUAGCUUGAAUGAAAAUUUUAGAUUUUAAAUCAAAAGGUGUCUUACUAAAUGCUGUUGAUGAGCCUUUAAAAAUAUAAUUGAACCAAUGUAUCCUCAUCACACCCUUUCCCCAAUAUGCUAAACUCUAAAUCCCCACCACUCCUCCCCAAAUCCAAAUUGAAUAGUGUUUUAUUAAAGGGACCAAGUACAAAUUUUUAGGUUUUGAUAAAAUCUGCAAAACGAUUUAUUUCCCUUCCUUUUUUUUCUCUUAUUGUUCAUAGUUAAACAUAGAAAAUGAACAGGAUGUAUUCCUUUUAGGCUUACUUGACAUGGUUGGACAUAAGUAAUGAAUGCUAAGGAAUCCAACCAUAACUCAUGUUUGGAAAAAUGCUCGUUUUAUUCCCCAUCCCCCUAUCAGCUCCUCUUUUAUCAGUUGCAGUGUUAAAGCUCUUGGUGUUCAUUUUGAGGUGAAAAAUUUAAAGAUGAUUCUCCUAGAUGGCUUUAUUUAUGGACAAGAGGCCCCUACCCCCUCUCGCUCUGAACAAUUCUUUUUUAAUGUUAUUGCUGAAGUGUAUGAACUAUACUAUGUUCUGAUGUAUAUCUACAUGCUCAUUUAAAAAAAAAAUUCCCUUAGAGUACAAAAAUCAGGUCAGGAUACAUGGAGGAAUUUCAAGUCCGUGAUGAACUUAUGGGCUUAGCUAUUGGCACACAUGGGGCCAACAUACAGCAAGCCCGUAAGGUGGAUGGCAUUACAGGCAUUGAACUAGAUGAAGGAUCUUGUACAUUCAAAGUCUAUGGGGAGGUGAGAAAUUUAAAGUAGUAAUUAGUUAUUGUUGAGCAAAAAAAUAUUACAUUAAGCCUUCAUUAUUGUGUCAGUUAAGACUUAAAAUUAAUUUGGGAUAUGUCUGAGUGUGUCUUUUCUACACUUCUAUUGUCCGUUUUCUGGUCUGGUGUUACUUCUUGCAAUAAUCAUGACGUUAUCUUAAUAAUUGCAAGUAAUUUGUUAAUUUUAACUGCAUUAUAGUUACAAGACCAAAAUGUUUGAUAUUUUAUGACUAAAGCAUUAAUUAGUUUGCUUUAAAAGUAAUUCAAUGUGCAUUCAGUUGAACUUGUUACAUUUUUUUUAAUGCUCUCAUUCAAGCACUGUUUACAUCGCAUCAUUUUUCUUAUCUCAUUCAUACAUUAAAUAACUCUGUCACAGUACGAACGUUUGUUAUAAUUAACAUGUCUUCAUAUAUUACAUACAAUAUCACUGGUUUGGCUUUUUUUCUUUUCUUUUUUUUUGAACAGACUCAAGAAGCAGUGAAAUCAGCUCGAGGCUUAUUGGAGUUUUCUGAAGAAACCUUUCAAGUUCCUAGAGAUCUAGUUGGUAUGAAAUUUUUUUAGGUUUAUUGUAAAAUAAAAAUGUUUUAAUAUUACAAAUAGAAAUCAAGGAAAAUGACAUUUAUUUUGCUCUUUCCAGCUAAAGUCAUUGGCAAAAAUGGCAGAAAUAUCCAAGACAUUGUUGACAAGUCAGGGGUAGUACGAGUGAAGAUCGAAGGGGACAACGAACACGAGACAGAAAGAGAAGAGGUAUUAUUGUGAUGCAUUAAGUAAUUAAGAUUAUUGAUUCAUGUCAAUGAGACUAAAGAAUAAAAGACUGUAUAUUUGUAUAUUUUUCUGACUGUAUGUCUUAUCGGAAACAGUUUUUUGCAUCCUUCCAGGGUCAAGUGCCAUUUAUAUUUGUUGGAACUAUGGAAAGUAUCAGCAAUGCAAAGCUUCUUCUUGAGUAUCACCUGGAUCAUCUCAAGGUAAGCUAGUUAGCCCAUGAACUGUGAUCGGCCGAAAAAAAAUCGGCCGAUAGAAGACAUAGUCAGAUAGCAACUUCCGAUCCAAUAUUUAUCAGGAAUUAUAGCUAAUUCCUUUUAAUAAUAAUUAAAUCAUAUUCCUGGUCAAGCUUUUUGUUUAACUUUACAAUAACUUUACAAUAAGUACUUUUAAAUUGGAGUUUGAUAUCGCUGUUUUUUUAAAAGCUAAAAUGGAUGAAGCUAUGGCUGGGCCUUCAGAGAAGUAAUAGAAAUAUUUUUGAAAGCUUUUUAGGAGAGGAUUUAAGUGAUACUGAUGAUGAUUUUAACAUUCCCAUUGACAACCUCAGUGAAUCUGAUACUAGUCCUAGUGAUACUGAAGUAGGCCUACUGUUAGACUUCGAGCCAGGCCCAGAGGUUGGACAAGGACUGACUGAAUUUUAGUCAAUGAAUACAUUUUAUAGUUGGACAUCCCAAAUCAGUUCCACAGUUCCUUUUGAAAUGUUUACUUGUCAAAAAUAAUUUUUUUGCCUGAGAUUUUUGUAUGUUGUACUUGGUUUUAGCUGUGGUCCCAGUUUAUUUCGUUCAGUAAUAAAUGACCAAAAUUACUGAAAUUGCGCUCAGAGGCUUUAUUUUAAUCAAAACCUUAUCAAACUAUACAUGUUCUGAAAGAUAAAUGAAUUGGCUACCACAUUUAUAAUUGGUAUUGUAAUGGAAUCUACAAAAAUUAAUGAUGUUAUGAGCACUUGAAAGCAAGACAUUUUGUGGAUUUCUUUUUUCUUGAGCACUCCAAGGUCAAAGACACUGAUUUUUUACGGGGUGGGCAAUAUAGCCAACUUUGUCCCCAUCCAUUUUCCUUUCUAAAAAUAUAUACUGAUUGGGGGUGUUUUAUCAAUAUUUCUAUGUCAGUUAAUGCUAUUUCAAAAGGCACUCAAAUAGCUCUGAAAAGCUCCCUUACUACAGAAUGAUCUAUGCCACAGUUCGUUGGUUAAAGUUCAACAUUGAAUUCGAUCCAAAAAUAAUUAUUGGACUAAGCAUGUUAAAAAGAACUCAUUUAUUUUAUUAAGCAUUAGACUGGUUCACCAUAAAAAUGUAUGGCCGCAGUAUUAACUUGUGUACUUGAGAACUUUAUCUGAAAGUACAAGUCUUGUUGUUUAUUGUUGUUGUUUUUUUUUGGGGGGGGGGGGUGAUAUUAUAAAUAGCUGAUAUUGACCAACGAGACACCGUACAUCACAAAAGUCAUUAAGCAUUAGACUGGUUCACCAUAAAAAUGUAUGGCCGCAGUAUUAACUUGUGUACUUGAGAACUUUAUCUGAAAGUACAAGUCUUGUUGUUUAUUGUUGUUGUUUUUUUUUGGGGGGGGGGUGAUAUUAGAGGUAAGGAGGAAGAAAUGUUGGGCUGAACUAAAAAAGAUAUCCCAGGACAGGGACAGAUGGAAAAGUGUUGUGGAUGGCUUAUGCUCCAUUGGAAGUGAGAAAGGCUAAGAAAUGGACAACUCUUGUUGGCCACUUUAUAAACAACCAUGAAGUUAUGUUGUUAACUUAUAUAUUUUAAUGUCUCUUUUUAUGAGAAAAUUUUAAAUUCAGCAUGAAAAAAUAUGUUGUUGUUUUUUUUUGUUUGUGGACCAUAAUGGUUAAAUAAGAAUGAUGAUGAUGUGUGAAGAUCACUUUAAAAUUUAUUUUAUACCUCUUGCUCAUAUACCAGACCUGUUUACUCUUACGAUUUUGGCGUACAAUGUACGAUUUUGAGGUGUAAAUAUAUAUAUUGUAGUCUUAUUUUUUACUCUAAAUAUAAGGUAUUGAACGAUUUUGUGAUGAUAUUGUACGAUUUUAAGAGUUUGAGGGCAAACAGGUCUGAUAUACACUUCCUACUUUACAGCACUCAACUAUUGUACUUUCUAUUAAAAAAGAAAUGGCUCAAUAAUGUGCACCUGUGUUUCAGGAAGUGGAACAGUUGCGUCAAGCCAAAUUAGAAAUUGAUCAACAGCUUAAGUCACUGUCAGGGCCCCAGCCUGGUUCAUACUUUCCCCCACCCAGAGAUAGAAGAUGGGGAUAUCCGUAAGUUUUAACCAUUAUCCUUUUUUAUUUAAAUAUAUUUUUCUGCUCCUUUAAUAUGUCCUUUGGGUAAAAAUAAUGAUUAAAAAUAGUGCAUUCCAAGAACAUGCACAAAGAAAUGGAAAAGUAAAGAUUAAUGAAUCUUACACCGAAAAAUCUUGAAGUUAAUGCAUCUUCAAUAUUCCUUAUGAACCAUUUGUACCAAAAAGCAUCGAAACAAGUGUAACACUGUUAUUAAAAAAAAUAAUAAUUUUAAAAAUAAUCAUCCAUCAAAACCUAUGAGGACAGUUAAAAAUAUAUAAAAAGGGUUGGUUAUAGAUUCCAUCCUGGAAAAGAAUUUGCAUUAAUUUAUCUCACAGAGAACAAUUUGAUGACCGAAGAGGUCGUGGCAGCAGGGGUGGCCGUGGUACUGGCAGAGGCCGUCGGUGGAAUACAGAUAGGCACGGUAUGUUCUAUUUUUAAUGGAGAAUAUUCUUUUUUUUGCCAUUAUUUUUGCUGGUUUCGGAAAAUAUAAUGUUUAAACUGGUUAAAAGAUGUUGUUGUUAUCAUUUUACUUUAUUCUUUUGAUAUAGUUAGAAAUAUUUAGAUUGUGUUUAUUAAAUUAAAAUUUAUUUCAACAACACAUAAAAGCAAGCAAAGAUUUAAAGAUUUUUAAGGUUUUACUUUUUAUUUCAAUAAAAACUUGCCUAGAGUAAAAAGCCCUUGUAUCCACAUAACUUUUCAGCCGUUUCAGUCGAACAUAAGGGUAUAAGAUGAUUAACUAAAUAAAUUUGUCAUGUACAAUAUUGAUUUCAAUACGAAAAUUUAAAUACAGGAAUCUUUAUUACUGAAGCCAUCUAUAAAUUAACCUAUAAAUUAUUUAUAGUACAUAAAUCAAAUGAAUUUUAGACUUUGAACAAGCUAUUUUCAUUUAAAAGUUGUGAUUUCACCAUUGCGGGAGAUGUAAACAUGUUAAAGUGCUUGCCUGGCUAAAAGAAGAUAAUUUGUGAAUUUUUCUUUUUGCCAUGACAUACAGUCUCCUAGCGAUGUUCUGUGAAUAUGAAGGUUAAAAUUGGUAGUUGCGUAAGGGCAGUGUGUGAAUAUAAAGUGUUAAAUUUCAUCGCUAGUAGGUUUGCAUAAUUAAAACUGUUCAAAAGUAUUGUUAAAGAAGAAAAAAGUCAUUUAAUCAAUGUGAAAUUUUAAGAUGCAUUGCUUAAUUUUUACAGGAGAUGAUCCAUCAAUGCCUGCUGCUAUGGUUGGUGAUUGGUCAGCUGAGGUAGAUGAAGAAAAAAGGCAAGCUGGUUAUUUAACGGACAGUAUUCUGAGUGGUCGCGGAAGGGCUGGUGGUGCAUACAGGCGAGGUUCAAGGGGUGGUGGUAUGAGAGGAGGAAGAGGAGGACUACCACCACGAGGAGCGGGUAAGAUUUAUUUUUCAAGAUUUUCUCUCUACUCUCAUUUCUAUCUUGUGAAGCUUAAUUUUUUUAUUUUUUUUGAUACACGUAACACUUUCAUUCAGUCGUUUGACUCUUCUUUGUGCUGCUGAAUUGAAAUGUUGAUGACACAGUUUCAGCUCCAUUAUGCUUGGCUUAGGGAAAAAGUGGGAAGGUGGGGUGGGUGGGUGAGUGAGUGGUGGGGAAAUGACAGAAGGAGAUUUUUCUAUAGCCGGAAUUUCGAAGCAUUCAUUGUUUUAAAAAAAUUCUUCUUUUAUGGAUUUUCAUACUAAAAAAAAGAAUAUAAAAAAAUAUAACUGAACAUUUUUCUUGAGGACUUUCUUUUGAAGACGCACUAAAAGUAGAAAAGAAAGUAUUUGCAGAAAAUAUUUUCAAAAAUUUAAAACAAAAAACAUUUUUUUACGCAGGUCGGCAUGAAAUAAAAAGUGUGCCGUGACGUAUAAGGAGAGGGGGGGGGGGGGGGGGGGGGGGGAAGAGCAAAAUUGGCAUUCUUUAAUGUGCCUAACUUGAGUUCAUGUUUUUGCCAAGUAACUUUAGUAGAUGGGAAGUUCACGCAUUGCGGUCGCCAAUGUCCACCAUGUGCAUACCCCAACAAGCUUGCGGCGUAUGCUACGCAGCGGGUCGCCUAGUAACUAUUAUUUUGCAUAAGAUUUUUCCAUGUAACCGCUUUAUAUCUCUAUCAAUUUUCUUCCAACAGCAGCUACAUAAAACACUUAUGGCAUUAUCUUUGUGAGUUUUUAAAAAAGACACUCUUCCAACAUAAUAAUGCAAUAACCUAUUUCAGGUUAUGAUGAUGAUGAAUCCCGUGAUCCCAGAUCUCGACGUCGAAUGACAGAUGAUGACGAUACAGUACUUGACAAUGCUAGUGUAACCAGCCAAGAUCAAGGUCAACUUUUUUUGACAAUAUUUAAUCAUAUUAGGUUUCAAAUGGAAUUUUGUUUUAUUAAUAAAGUUUAAAUUAAUUUUUGGCAUUAAUGAGCCUUUUAAGAGAUAGAAUUAAAUUAAAUCUAGAACAUUUGUGUAGCUAUUUAUGUAUUAUUUGUAUUUCUUUUCCAUGCAGACUAUGACCAGCAAGACCGGCAAAGGCGACCAAGGAGGAAGAAAAAUAGACCACGAGGCAAUGGUGGCCAGGCAUCUGGAACUGAGACUGACACCAGUGUCUCUAACUUCAGAGGUGAUAGAAGCAGAGGUCGAGGUGGUCGUGGUGGUGGUUACAACCAACGGGGACAUGAAUCAGAUUCAGGUCGUGGGGGAUACAGGGGAAAUGAAUCAGAUUCAGGGCACCCGCCAAGUGUAUCGGCCUCAGGAGUCGGUCGCAGUUCAGUCAGUCCCGGGAUGCAAACGGUCAAUGGGGGAGGUGGUGACCGCCCCACUAAGCAAGAACCACCCCCAAAAGAUCAGCGGGACGGACGACCACCUAGAGACACUAGACCAAGAGGGAGCAACAACAACUCCUCUGUCCCACCGAGCGGAUCCACACAGCCACCUAAGCAAAUGGUCGGGAACCAUCACAGUGGGAGCGAUUCGGACUCUAAACUAGCCAAAAGUAAAAUGAAUAACAAUAGUGCCAAAGCCAAGGAACAUAUAGUGAAUGGUGCGGAGUGACAGGUAUGAUGCGUGCUAGCAAUUUUUAAUGGGUGAAAGUUCUCAUGCCGAGCAUUAGUUUCAGUUGAAACCUGAGUUGUUUGUGGUUGUGAGUUACGUAAGGGAAUUAAAUUAUUCUUGGUUUGUUAGUUGUUCUUAGUGAUGCUGUGCCCAAGUUUCUCCUCUUACUGCUGCCCAAGACAAUGUAGAUUACAAUUGUAUUAUUUGUGUUAUGUCAAAUAUUUUAUGAGAUGACUUUGGUACAGAUGCAGUAUUGUGUGUGUUUUGACUGUUGGGCACAGCCAUAACAGAAUGUAAAUUUGAUAGUUGUUGUGUUGGGUGUUUUAAACCCAUUUGACUCUGACAUUAGGUUGUUAACAAUUUGUGUUAAUUGACAGUUAUAAUAGUGCACGAAAGAGCUCUGCCAGCUUUGUAUGUGAAAAGUAUUAAUUGUAUUUAAUCAUUAUCAUCCUACUCAAUGGUUAUUUUUUUUUUUAAAUGUUCAAUUUUUCUAUAUUAUUCUGUUGCCUUGGAACAAAUCUUUCGAUUUUUAAAAAACCAUAAAACCUGCAAGACAAAUUGAGUUCAUCAAUUUAGAUCAACAGAUUGUGAACAUUUUAACUUGUGGAUCACUGGACAAUCGGAAUUAAAGGUGUAAGUGUUACUUUUGAGACCUUUUGUUUAGGAUGUCCACUCCUGCUCAAGCUUGGGUUAGCUGAACCACGUUUUAAAACAAAAAAAUGAAUUGACCCCCCUCAGCAGGCUAAAACACCAAUCUUUAAAUAUGUCUUGUGCAGUGAUUAUCUAAGGCAAGCCAUUCCUUUUUAUUAUUAUUAUAGGGGAAACCAAGUUUUCUUUUUGUUUCAAACUGAACACAAGUAUCAAAAUUUAAAAAAAAUAUAUAAAAAUACUCUACUUUCUGAUUUAAACAUUUGUUGAUGGUCAAGAAAGACAACAAAUUCACAUGUUUAAAUUUCCUGUGAAAAUAUUGUUAAAAUAUUCUCUUGUGCAGUUUUUUUUAUUUAACCCAAGUUAAAGUGUUUUUAUUGGAAACUGUUGCCUUUUUAAGGCAUAAGUUCAAAUUGAUUAUAGAGGUCACCCCCUUUUUUCUGAAAUGUUUGUCAUAAUAGAAAUAAUAAAUCAUUUGGAAAGAUUAUUUUUAAUCUGUUUGUACAUUUGUAAACAUGGCUUGCUAUGGCCUUCAUAAAUGAUCACUGCAUAGCAGCUUUGCUGUACUCUCUAAUUAAAUGAAUCCUGAUAUUGAGAUAGAAGAACUCAAAAUGUGACAAGGCUUACCAAAUUAUGUGUACAUGUGCUUUAUUAUAACUAUGACUCCAUUAAAUCUUUCAUAUGCAAUAGCAGUUUAUAAUAUUUAAUUUUUUUCUUGUUCUUUAUUGAUAGUAAAUUCAAUGUUUUAAGUAAAAUAUAAUCUCUUCCCACUCUUUCUCCCUGUCAUUUUUAUUAUAUUUGAAACCAAAACUAUUGAAAUGUGUAGUAAAAAAUUUAAAAAUUGGUACUGCAUAUGAAAAUUAAUUUUGUGACAUAAUUGUGCAUUUUCAUUGAUUCCAGCUUCUUUAUUAACUCUGCUAAACAAAAUAUAUAAAAAAAAUAAUAAAAAGCUGGAAAAAUCACAAGUCUGACCGUUUCCCUGAAAGUGUAGGUACCCUGGCCAUGGAGGACUUGGAUUGUGAAAUGUUGCCCAAGUUAGCCCACCACCAAACAUGUUUUUAUCAGCACGGUCCAGUUGGAAUGAGUAGAGAUCUCCAGCAGUGAAUGUGCCACACUUUGAGAAAGUGUUAAAAGCUCAAUCAUCUUUGGAUACUGUGAGACCUAAGGAAGACUUGUGUGUAAUUGAACAUGGCAUGUCUUGCAUGAUAAGCUUGCCAAAUACUUACAUACCCCAUGUGUAUGGCAUUUUUUUUUAAUAUCAUGACCAUCAAAUCCAUACACCAUCGAUGACAUGUGAACUAAAUUUGCAGCCAAUUAAUUAUGAUGUGUAAAAAAAAAAAAAAAAAAAAACUUUAAAAAAUUAUAAAAAUCUCAUCAUUUUUUUUAAAAUCAUGACCAUCAAAACCAAACAACAUCGAUGAAAUGUGAACUAAAUUUGCAGCCAAUUAAUUAUGAUGUGUAAAAAAAAAAAAAAAAAAAAAAACUUUAAAAAAUUAUAAAAAUCUCAUCAUAAUUAAUUGACAACAGAUUUAAGAGUUUUUUUGGAACCUCUCAACCUCUGUUCCAGGGUUAUUCGGUGCACAAUUCCACGUGGAAUAUCCCGAGUGAAAGGAACAGAUGAAGUUAAACAAUGAUGUGAUUAUUGAUGGCCCAGCACAUCAUUUAAGGCCAGUGUCCAGCAACAGUAGAUUGGACUUAUUUUACAAUUUUGGUGACUCAUCACAGCAGAACUUGGUAAAUUUUAAACACAAAAUUUAUCGGAAUACUUCAAAUUUAAAAAAAAAAAAGAAAAUUCUACUCCAGUUCAACUAACACCCAGAAAUUUUUAAAAAGUAUCAAUAUAAAAGUUGCCAGAGUUUUUGCUGUAGUGACUCACUCUAUAAUCGAAAGUCACAAACAGGGAUAUUGGAUGUGUUAUCCUCCAUGAGUGACCCAUUUUUUCUCUCUAUGUUUUGUUGCACAUUUACCUAUGUUAGUUAAGUUCUGAGCCUGACAGAAAAUACAACUCCCUUCAUUUGAACAAAUAUGGGAAACAAUUUGUGAAAUUUGAAUUACUUUUGGCUGGAUAAUUUUCUUCAGAAGGAGAAUAAAAAAUAUUUCAUUAUUUAAACAAGUAAGAAAUUUUAUUCAAAUUAAAUGCAGGCUGUUGAACCCUGACUUAGGUAAUGUUAUUUUUGUCAAAUAACUACUUGAGCCAAAGAGGCAAAAGUACGUUGAACUGCCAUGCCAGCAGGAGCUGAGCAGCAGAACCCUAUUACUGCACCAAACAGUUCAAGUUUCUAAACAUGAUUUUAAUGGGAUAUCAUUUUUGUGUUAAUACUUUACAAAAUAUGGAACAUCUGCCAUUUAUUAAAAACAGUUUAAAAAAAAAAGGAAAUUGAAAGAAAUAUUGAUAUCCCAGAAUUUUAAAAAAUAUAUUUGGGCAUUUAUUUUUUCUAAAAUAAAAAAAAACAUAACAAUGGCAUUGAUAUAUAUAUUGAUUUUUUUUGGUGUUGAAAAAACUUCAGUUUUUAAAAAAAUAUUUUUCUCUUAAUCAUUGGGAGAAUAAAAAGUUACAUGUUCAUAACAAAAGGAAGAUAUAUAGACUAUUUCUUCUGUUGAAAACAUUUUUUUCUAUGUACAGAAAAAUGUGAAAGGUUAAGGUGACUGCAAGCAAAUUGCAUGCUAACCUUUGGAGAUUCUUGCUUUGACAUACAAAUAAUCUGGUCUUUUGGACAAGAAAUAGGGAAGGUUUAGCUCCCCAAUAUACAAAUGCAAUGCUACUUGUGCAAUGUGCUUGAGUUAUACAAAUUUUUUUGAGAUUCAAAUCUUUUUUGUAAAAAAUAUUUUGGCUUGAAAGUAGUGAGGCACAAAUUUUUUGUUUUAUUCUUUCCAUGUUUAAAAGAAAACGAACUUAAAAAUAUUUUUCGUCAGGCUGAAAGUCUAAUUUCAUUCUAUAAUGUAUUUUAAAUAAUGAGGAAAUGAAGAUUUUAUUGUUCAAAUUACUUGCACAAGUUAAAGCAUCACAUGGGACAUUCAGCCAACAUUGCAAGUAGACAUGACCCUCACAUGUGACAUUAAGCUGACAAUGGAAGUGAAUAUUGCAAUAUUACCAGUGAAAAUAUGCGAUAAUUUCUAGUGGAAAUACUCAUUUCUUUUAAAAGCUGAAAUUGACACUUACGUUUCAUACUUUUGACAUAUAUUUUGCUCUGCAAAAAUUGUUCAUAUGGCUGAAUUCAUAUUAUGAAUGAGACAAUAAAUUUAAUAUGACUGUAGUAAUAAGCAGCAAAUAAUAGAUUCUUAUUUCCAAGGAAAAAUAACAGUAUGUGCCAAUAGUAUAUGGCUACGACAACGAUAAAUUGAAUUCUUCAACACCAUAUUGAAUGAUUUUCUUGCUGCAGAACGGCUGUCAAUGUUCACGCAUUCCAUUGCGCGGCAUGUGUGGACUAUAUGUCCAAACUGAAAUGUUAGUUGUACAAGCACUGUCGGCUGACAUUAAAUGGGGUCAAGAAUCUCACCAGAACAACACAUCAGAAGGUUGUGCUAUUGCACCAGUAAGGUGUGGCGCUACAAGAAAGGAAGAAAAGUGAAAUACCAUAACAUUCUGUGGAGGUUUGAUUCUGGAUGUUCAGUAAAUAUAUCAAGAAUAUCUUUUU